AUGCCCUCCGCUGCCGACGAGCGGCCCACGCUGCAGGAGACGCUAGACUUAUUACACCAAGCUUCCAGAACGCCGGUCAAGCAACGCACCAUCAAGCUCUCGAGCAUAGUUGAUGUCAUAUGCCGCUACGCGUCAGACGAGGGCCUUGACCAGGAUGCUCUUCGAAAGGUUGUACAGCUGAUAUCGGUCAAGACAUGCUUAGACCAGACCUCCAUCACCACCCUGAUUAGAAACCUGUACCCUGCCCGCCGCAUCCCGCGUGAUGUCAUUGUCACCGUGGUCGGGGCCCUUGGGCAAGGCAAAGGAAAACCAUCGCCUGGCACCCAAGACAGCCUUGUAAAGUGGCUUGUUACCGUCCACGAGAUCAUCGAAGAUCCGCAUGUUCUUUCACGUCUGUAUGGCGUCUUGUUUGGCAUGCUGGACAUGAUCAGCAUCAGGACUCCCUUGUGCCAUCUGCUGUCUCUCAUCACUCGCCGAAAGCACGUCAAGCCCUUCCGAAUACAGCAGCUUCUCGAGUUAUCCCGCGGUUUGGGCAACGAACCAGCGCUACAGGGUCUCCUCCGUGUGUAUAAGGACUACUACCCCGAUAUCAUUCUUGGGAGCACUUCCACAAGCCGUAAAUCUUUUGCUCCGCGACCGGAUGACGAAUGGAGAGCCAGGAUCGCUGCGGUUCAUGAGGCAAGCACCGCAGCAGAUUUGUCCGCCGCCCAUGUCCACAACGGCUUCAAGGUGCUACGAAGAGGACCUAAAGAUAGCAAAAACUCGGCUAUACCAGAAGUGCACACGUACCAUGCGACCGAGAAUUCGAUAACCCUCGAGGGUAUCGAUAGUGUUGAUGACUUUGUUGAGAAACUCGACAGAAUAGAGCCUCCUGGUCAGCUGGUCUCGCUCCUUGCAGAUCCACUGUUGCAAAAGUAUGUUGAUCUCAAACCAUCACGGAUCACAACUGCUAGAAUCGGCAUAUGGCUCGCCGCCUGUCUGGAGGAGCAGUUUGAGGCCUAUCGCCAAGGGGCUGGAGAUGAUCAACACCUUAAUGAGAUCCUUAGUGGUCUCCUGAGAUAUGCUCAGUAUACAAAGACAUUGCAUCCUACUGUGUUGGCAUUCCUCCGAGAAUAUCUACCGGUGUGGGAUGGGCAGCAGCACCUUGAGGCGAUUCUAGGUCUGCUGUCUUACAUCGACAUAGAACGAUUCGAAGACGUCCAUGCGACAUAUCUUUCGCCGAUGGAGCGAGCUCUAGCGGCUCAGAGCAUCUCGGCGUACACAAAGCUCGCCGAGUACUACACUGCUCUCCUGCAGCAUCAUACAUCGACGGCAAUUACCGACUCUACCAGUCGCGACAGUGCACGCGAUCAAGCACUAAGCGAUCUGACGACGCACAUAGCCACAUUGUUCACAUCAGCUCUUCUCUCAAUACCCCCUGGGUCAGGCAGCGAUGUCACAUCGUCGAUUCUUUCCUUCUACGAACUGCUCAGUACUUCCUCGAAACCACACGUCGUACCCAUACAGCUUCCUCCGAUGCAUCUCAUCUAUCUUCUGGUCCAGGAUACUUCGUCAACAACAUUUGCACGCGUCUGCGGUAUCAUCGGCGCCUACAAGCUAGCUUUUGACAAGCACCCCAAACCCGUCAAGGCCUACUACCCUCUUGAAGUCACGGAUACAUUCAACCGCUGUCUGCGAGACAUAUACAACCUCAUCUGGAUAGGUCGCGGUCUCAUGGUACAGGAAAUGAAAUCCCAUGGAUUGUACUGUGAUCCGCUGCUUCGCUCUACCCUCCACACGUAUCUGAAGAGCGUGAAUCGCACAUACGCCAUCGAUACAGCAUUCAAUCUGUCCAACAAUGCAUGGCUGGCGCCGCUGUCUGCUGCAGCGUGGCGUCAGAUCGAGGAACGCAUGAUUGAAAAAGAGGGUCUUGAUAAGAACAGCGUUACAUUACAUCAAGGUCCUGUUAGCGAGAAGAGCUUGGGGUUGCUGAAAGACAAGGGUGGUGUGAAGGUAGAUUGGGACGGUGCACAUGGGUACAAGGCCAUGGUACUUCAGUGGCUGCAUGAGAGAGGUCUCGGUGGGAUCAGGCAUUUGAUGUUUGCUACAGUGAUGAACCUAAAGGCCAUGAAGUUCGGGACGACGCUGCGCAAGAGCGUGUAUGCGCCAUGGAAGGACCAGUACAUUGACUACGACAAGCUCAAGAAGCUGCUCAAGGACAACGAGGACGACGACUCGUGGACCGCCGACGACGAGAGCGCCUUUGUCGACGAGCUGGCCAACGUGCAGCUGGAAAAGGUGCACAACUUCAUCACCGACGUCUCGCAGAAGCUGCGCGACCGCACCUCGGCAUGCGAAAAGAAGCUGGAGCCAUUGGCCGUGGGCAUCCAGGCCGGCGAUGCGAACGAGUCCAAGGACGCCCAGGGCGAAGGCCUGCUGGCGGGCGCCUCGGGCGAUGCGUCCAAGAAGCCAGAGCUCAGCCAAGAGGAGCGCGCGAAGCUGCUAAAGGAAGUGCUGCAGGAGCUCGACAGCAUCACCAAGGAGACCAAGGAGCUCGAGGCCUUUAGUCGCAUCAACUUCACCGCCGUCAUCAAGGCGACCAAGAAGCACGACAAGCUGCGCGGCAGCUCGUACCGCCUGCGCCCCUUCAUCGACGCCCGCAUCGCCCGCCACCCGCUGCACACCGAGGACGCUUCGCCGCUGCUGUACAGGCUGUCGGCGCUCUACUCGUUUGUCCGCCAGAGCCUCGAGGGCAAGCCCAAGGAGGCCUUGUCCUUUGCCGACGACAGCAGCGCCGGCGAGGGCUUCACCUCUCACAAAUUCUGGGUCCACAUGGACAAUCUCUUCGAGGUCAAGACGGUCAUUCUCCGCCGCCUCCCCGUCCUCGUCUACAACCCCCAAACCUCCCGGGUCGCCGAGGGCACCCAGCGCGACCCAACAAUCACGUCCAUCUACUUUGACAACCCAGACUUCUCGCUCUACUCGGACAAGGUUAAUGGCAAGCCGGAUGCGGCCUCGCUCCGCCUUAGGUGGUACGGACAGCUCAGCGAGAAGCCCGAGAUUGUGUUUGAGAAGAAGGUCAUCAAGGAGGGCGAUGCCGCCGAGGAGAUCCGCUUCCCCAUCAAGGCCAAAUACGUCCAGCCCUUCCUCGAGGACAAGUACCACAUGGAGAAGAGCAUCGAGAAGAUGGAGUACAGGCCCAACAAGGACCAGCAAAAGUUGGAUCAGUUCAAGAGCACCGUGAGCGACAUCCAGGCCUUUGUCAAGGAACAGAAGCUACAGCCGAUGCUCCGUGCAAACUACACGCGCACUGCCUUCCAGAUCCCUGGCGACGACCGCAUCCGCAUCUCGCUCGACACCAAUCUUGCUCUCAUUCGCGAGGACGCGCUCGACGAGAGCAGGCCGUGCCGUGACCCCGAAGACUGGCACAGGCGCGACAUUGACGAUGCACAGAUGGAGUACCCGUUUAAGACCCUCAAGAAGGGCGAGAUUCACAAGUUUCCCUAUGCGCUGCUUGAGAUCAAGGUCAAGGGCUCACAAAAGUACGAGUGGAUCGACGACCUGAUGCACUCGCAUCUGGUCAAGGAGUCGCCUCGUUUUUCCAAGUUUGUCCAGGGUGUCGCCAAGCUGUUCGAGGACAAUGUCAACACAUUCCCCUUCUGGCUCAGCGAAGUGGACAACGACAUCAGAAAGGAACCCGAAAAGGCGUUUGAUGAUGAGCAGGAAAAGAAGCGCAAAGCCGCCGAAGACGAGUUUGCCGUUGGCUCUCUGUUCGGCGCACGUGCAAGUCCUAGCUUCCGCCCGUCCAUUGCUUCGCCUGUUGGCUCACCUGCGGCUACACGCUCUGUGCCCAAGAGUGCCAGCGCCGCAGCCCAUUCGCAGCCUGCCGUCAAGCCUCCACUGUCAAACAUUGGCUCGCACCUUUCACAGACGGAGCGCAACGGAAACAACACCGGCGCUCGCGUAGAGGAAGAUUCAGACUCGGAUGACGAUGUGGUUCCUGCGGGAAAGACGCAGAAAAGUGGACUUGCCUCCCUCUUCCCAUCCUUUUCCACAUCCAAGUACGCUCGCCGGCAACAGCGCAAGAUCCAGCUGCCACCAGGUAUCAGAGACCCUGGCGUGUGGAUCAAAGACCAAGGCCCCGUCAAGGUCGAGGCCAAGGUCUGGCUUGCGAACCAGCGUACAUUUAUCAAGUGGCAACACGUUAGUGUCUUGCUUGCCUCUCUCUCGCUCGGUCUGUACAACGCGGCUGGUGAGGGCAACAACAUUGCACGCGCACUCGCUGUCGUGUAUACGUGCAUCGCCGCCUUUACCCUAGCAUGGGGCUACAUUAUGUACAUGUAUAGGGCCAAGCUGAUUCGGGAGAGGAGCGGAAAGGAUUUUGAUGCCAUUACGGGACCGCUGGUUGUGUGCGUGGGUCUGGCCGUGGCCUUGUGUUUGAACUUUGGCUUCAAGUAUAAUGCUUUGGUCAAGGAGGCCCAUCGUGAUCACCAUCAUCACACCAAUGCCAGCGCCAGCUUCGUCGAGGACCAAAUGGAAUUGAGAAUCUAAGGCUCCGCGCCGCCUUUGUCUCGCUCAACACUGGAAAGAACAAGUCUUGUGUCAGCACUUACUCAUUGAAUUGGGUCCACAAUCACUUGUUUGUGCUAUGUUAUCGGUUCCUCAGCCUCAUGGACACGAGCAUGUCAGGAGUGUGUAUGUGUGUGUAAUAUCACACGGGCUAAUCUAAAUCGUGCAACGGCGCACACACAUGGACAUGAUGUGUUCAAGAGAGAAAAGAAAAAGACCAGGAAUAGGAACAAAAAGGAAUAAAAUAUCCCGCAGUGAGACCUUGUUUGGAACUAGUACAGCGGUUUCAACGGGGGGGGGGCAAGUAUGCAUGUGACGAUAUCAGUCACACACACACACAC